AUGAUGAUGACGUGCCGUCUGCUGUGCGCCCUGUUGUUGCUUGCCCUGUGCUGCUGCCCGUCCGUGUGCGCGUCAGAGAUAGCCAUUGAUGGUGAAACUGAUGGAGACCGCGCCAGUCCAUCUCUCACUCAACCAAAGCCAAUAACCACUAAACCUGAAUCUUCUGUCCUGACGACCAUGACAACAGCGGCACAAGACGUUCAGAGGAACCUGGGUGGACCUGAAGGUAAUAAAAACGCCACCAGUAAACCUUCCCUUCCACUAGAGGGAGGACACGGGAACAGUCGUUCAGUGUCGCCAGGUUUGGGUUCCGUUGCGGAACCGGUAAAGCUUGACAGAGAUGAAACACGUUUGCCUGCUUUGGAACCGCAACCACAUGACGCAAAAAAUACAGUACAGGCAGAAGGUACGAAAGAGCAACAAAGUGGCACUGAACCAUCCGCAGAACAAACCAAUAAGGUGUCUGAAACUUCUGCUCAGACAACCACUACGACCACCACAACAAAGGCACCAACCACGACGACCACCACUGCGCCAGAGGCACCAAGUACUACGACUACAGAGGCGCCAACUACGACGACGACCACCCGCGCACCGCCACGUCUUCGCGAAAUCGACGGCAGCCUCAGCAGCUCUGCGUGGGUGUGUGCCCCGCUGCUGCUCGCCGCAUCCGCGCUGGCGUACACCACUGUGGGCUGA